AUGGAUAGGAAUGCUUUGCGCCGCAAAAAAUAUGCAGAAAUGCCACCUCUGAAGAAAGCGGAACUUCUGCGUUCCCGAAGGCAAACUCGAGCUUCAAAGAAAGCUGGAAAAGCUUUACCCCCGCGUGUUCGCAGGGUCCCGUUAGGAUAUGUCGAAACUGGUGUGUCGUUCCCAGCUACUCAACAUAUGCCAUGUCAUAGUGAGGAUCCUGCGUUUGUGCAUUCUCAGCCGUUGGGAAACACAAAUGCUGUGUUUCCAGCUGAUGAUGCCUUUGCGAUUAGGGAAGGAUUAGAAUUCAUGUCGCGUUGUCCACCUGGUUCCUUUACUGGUUAUGCUUCCUCCUCCUUUGGAAAAGAAAUGCCUCUACAAAAUACACUUGCUCCUGAAGCACCCCUGUUCUGUGAUAGCCUUGCACCAGUGAAAUAUCAGAGAUCAUCUGUUGGUGUAGAGGCAAAAAAAAUCCCCGUUCAUGCCUUUGAUGCCCAGCUCAGUGAUGAGCCAGUUAGAGGAAAACAUAGGGGCGUAAACUCCCUUCCAAGUGGAAAUGAACAACCUGUGAGCAAUACACAUUCUGAAUUUAUACUAGGUUCAUUUCCUUUCGAUUCAUCUCUUAAGAACCCUGAACUAUCAAUUCAAAAAGAAUUUGCUUCUGCAAGUAAUUCUUUGCCUGCUCAAAUUUCAGAUUCUACUUUAGAACUAGCUUCCAAAGACAUCUUUCCUGCUCCCACAGAGGAGGUGGCCAGGUCUGGUCCAACACCUGGUUGGUUGGAGAUAAAAAACAGAAAAGUACUUCCUUCUGCCGGUCCAUCUGUUGUCCGUUCUCGCUCCAGAAAAUGCAGGACCCCUGAAUCUGUGAACAAACACAACUCAGCACAAAAACGAACAGCUGCGCGUUCAAGCAUAUCUCGCCUUGCCAAUAUUCCUCAAGCAGCUCUGGUUCUGCCUCAUGCUCCUGAUUGUGAGCAUUGUGACGCAAAAAGGUUCCAUUUGGAACCUCCUUCCUUUUGCUGCUCGGGAGGAGAGAUCUCUAUCGUUGCUCCUCCAAUGCCAUAUGAUUUGAAACGUUUAUUCAUUGCCAAUAAUGAAGAGAGUGCCCACUUCAGGAACAUUGUCCGCACUUAUAACAACAACCUUGGCUUUACAUCUUUUGCCGCAAAAUAUGACUCUGAACUAACAAAGAACACGAAAGGCGUCUAUACUUUUCGCGUUCAAGGCCAAGUUUACCACUUUCUUGAUGGCCUUAUUCACUUAGGCGAAAGGCCAUCUGGGAUCCAAUUAUAUUUUUUUGACACUGAUGAGGAAUUAGCAAAGAGACUUGGUAACUCUGAUAAACUACGCGAAAGCACUUUAAAAUUGCUUAUGUACAUUCUUUCUAACAAUCCUUAUGCCCGGUUCUUUAAAGGCCUUAGAGAUGUUCCAAACCUUGAUGAUUUGAACAUUGUCCUUAGCUGUUAUCCUUCACUUGACCAGCGAAUAUAUAAUCUUCCCUCUGCCUCACAAGUUGCGGCUAUAUGGACUGAAAGUGACGAUCAGUCGUCCGAUAGCCGCGCUCAUAUUCAAGUUUAUUCUCGGUCAGUUGGUAGCCAUAGGAUUCAACAUUACUAUGGCUGCUAUGACCCUUUACAGUACCCUCUCCUUUUCCCUCGUGGUGAGUGUGGCUGGCACCACGGAAUUAAAAGACUUAGUAAAAGAAAAAGAGGAGGGGACGCAUGUGAAGAUGAUAUUAACAUCGAUCCAGCUUCAGUUAACUCCUCAUCGGAGUUAAUUGAUUUAGAACAGAGAGCUAUUGAUCGAGGCAAAACAGAGGAAGGUACUGUAUCUGCUAGGGAGUACUACUGUUAUAGGUUCCAAAUAAGGGACGAUGAUGAGUCAAUGCUGUUACACACUCUUAGGUUGCUGCAGCAGUUUUCAGUCGAUGCUUAUGUCAAGAUCGAAACAUGUAGGCUUGACUUUCAUAGGCAUCGACAAAACAAGAUACGCUCUGAAAUUCUGCAAGGAAUUCUUGACAGUGUUUCUGUUGGCCAAACCGCUGCUUCUAAAGUUGGUCGUAAGGUCAUUCUUCCAGCUUCUUUUAUAGGUGGUCCGAGGGAUAUGAGGCGCAGUUACCUUGAUGCGAUGGCCCUGGUACAGAAAUAUGGAAAACCCGACAUUUUUCUUACAAUGACGUGUAAUCCAGCAUGGAAGGAAAUUCAGGAAAAUCUGAAAUACCAUGAAAAGCCUCAGGAUCGGCCAGACCUGCUCGCUAGAGUUUUUAGAGCCAAAUUUGAAAUGCUUAAAGCAGAAAUUCUAAAUAAGCAGAUCUUUGGCGAGGUUGCAGCGUGUGUUUACGUGAUCGAAUUCCAGAAACGAGGCUUUCCUCAUGCCCAUUUAUUAUUGAUCUUAAAACCUGGUCAUAAGCUACUUAAUCCAGAGUCGUAUGACAAAAUAGUCUGUGCUGAGUUGCCCGACAAAGAUCAAUAUCCUCACUUGUAUUCUCUUGUUGUGAAGCAUAUGAUCCAUGGCCCUUGCGGAGCAAUGGAUAAGUCUUGUCCUUGUAUGAGAGAUGGAGCCUGCAAAAAUCACUAUCCAAAGAGCUUUUGUGCUCAAACGACUCACGGUGAGGAUACCUAUCCAUAUUAUAGGAGGAGAGAUGAUGGCAAGAAAGUCAAAGUUCGUAGAUUUACUCUUGAUAAUAGGUGGGUUGUGCCUUACAACCCUUACCUGCUUGCUUUAUUCGAUUGCCACAUCAACGUGGAAAUUUGUUCUACUCUUAAGCUCGUGAAGUACCUGUAUAAGUAUGUUUUCAAAGGACAUGAUCAGGUGAGCUUUAAGAUUAUUUCCUGUGGAUCGGCGGACGAUAUUGAUGAAAUAAAAGACUUCCAGAAAGGUAGAUGGGUUUCGCCUCCAGAAGCUUUUUGGCGCAUUUAUGAAUUUAGGCUGAAUGAAAUGAACCCAGCAAUUUACACCCUUCAGGUCCACCUCCCAGACCAGCAAUUCGUUUCCUUUGACAAAGGGUCUGAUUUGCUACAGUUGCUGGGUAAAAUUGACUUUUCUAAGACAAUGUUAACUCAAUUUUUCCACAUGAACAAAACGAAUCUCAGAGCACAACAUCUGAAAUGCUUGUACAGAGAUUUUCCUGAAUAUUUUGUUUGGUCUGCUAAAUAUAAAGAAUGGACUGAAAGAAAGCGUCAAAAGGUGAUCGGUCGGAUGGUGACUGUUAGCCCAAAAGAAAGAGAGAGGUAUUAUUUGAGGUUGCUUCUAACGCACAUUGCUGGACCGACCUCUUUUGAAGACCUUUUGACUGUAAAUGAACAAAGGUUAGCUUCGUUUAGAGAAGCUGCUUUGGCUCUUGGUCUUUUGCAGUCCGAUGCAUAUAUAGAGGAGACACUUCAAGAAGCAGUGGCAUUUCAGAUGCCGUCCUCAUUGAGGCUACUAUUUGCCACUCUCCUUGUGUAUUGUUCUCCGACAAGUCCUAAAUCACUUUGGGAAAAAUUUGAGCUUGAGUUUUCUGCUGACUUUCAUCACCAGCAGCCAUUCCACGGGUUUUCUUCUCCUGAAAUUAGACGAAAGGUUUUAGAAGAUAUUAACAGCUCGCUUGAACAGAUGGGCAAGAGCAUUACAGAUUUUCACUUUGUCUCUGAUGAUUUUUCAUGCGGUUACGCUGAACGGUUAACAAAGGAAAUUGAGAGUGAAAGGAGCUUAACAGUAGCACCUGAGGAUCAGUUGUUGCCUCAGAUGCUAAAUUCUGAACAAAAGCAUGCCUACGAUCUAAUCCUCGCAGCAUGUUUUUCCUUAGAAGGUCAGGCAUUUUUCGUUGAUGGCCCUGGUGGCACAGGUAAAACAUUCCUAUAUCGGUCACUUCUCGCGACCUUGCGAUCACAAAACCAUGUUGCUAUUGCAGUAGCAACAUCUGGAAUUGCGGCAUCAAUCCUUCCUGGCGGAAGGACGGCUCACUCGAGAUUCAAGAUACCACUUGAUUUCUCGAAGACUAAAAGUUGUCAGCUCAGUAAACAAAGUUCGGCUGCAAAACUCAUUUCUGAAUCAAAGCUUAUUUUGUGGGAUGAGGCUUCAAUGGCUAAACGACACACAAUUGAAGCUUUUGACGAAUUACUGAGAGAUUUAAUAGACUCAGAUUUACCUUUCGGAGGGAAGGUGAUAGUUUUUGGAGGGGAUUUUCGGCAGACCCUACCUGUCAUUGAACAAGCAACUAAAGAAGUUCUCAUAGAGUCAACCUUCCCCAUUUCUCCUCUGUGGCCUAAACUACAUAAAAUCAGGCUUACAGAAAAUAUGCGAGUUAUGUUUGAUCCAGGAUUUUCACAAUUCCUUUUAAGAGUAGGAGAAGGCCGAGAGCCUAUUGAUGAUGAGGGUGAAAUAACUUUAUCAUCAGAUAUAGUUAUUCCUUACUACGAUAAAGAGGAGUCUUUAAACAGGUUAAUAGAAAGCGUCUUCCCAGAUUUGAACCUCUAUUCUCAAGAUCCUUAUAACCUGAUUAAUAGGUGCAUUCUUGCUCCAAAAAAUAGCUCAGUUGAUGAGCUCAAUGAAAUAAUGAUUAAGAGAUUUCCUGGAAGCCUUCAAACCUAUAUUAGCUCGGAUAAGACUGUUGAUCAGCGGCACCAAAGUGAUUAUGAGGAUUUUCUCAAUUCUCAAGAUCCUAAAGGUCUCCCUCCUCAUAGAUUGCUGUUAAAGGAAAACUGCCCAUUGAUGCUUCUCAGAAAUUUAAAUCCAGCUGAGGGUCUAUGCAAUGGCACAAGGUUAAUAUGUAGAGAACUCGGCCAGCACACAAUUUCUGCUGAAAUUGUUUUUGGCCAUCAUCGAGGGAAAAGAGUUUUUAUUCCAAGGAUACCUCUUCAAACGCCUGACAAUGACAAAAAUGGGAUUCCAUUCAUAAGAACACAGUUUCCUGUCCGCCUUUGUUUUGCUUUGACUAUCAAUAAAUCACAAGGUCAAACUCUUGACUACGUCGGCAUCUAUCUCUGA